UAGAGAAAAUUAAUCUGGUUAAAAUGGACUGGCCACCACGGUGUGACAAAAUUGUGAAGAAAGGUCCUUGGACUCCAGAAGAGGACAUAGUUCUUGCUUCUUAUAUCCAAGAACAUGGACCUUGCAACUGGAGGGCUGUUCCUCCAAACACUGGACUUUUGAGAUGUAGCAAGAGCUGUAGGCUGAGAUGGACUAAUUAUCUGAGGCCAGGAAUCAAGAGAGGCAACUUCACUGAUCAGGAAGAGAAGCUCAUCAUCCAUCUCCAAGCUCUUCUUGGUAACAGAUGGGCAACAAUAGCUUCUCAUCUCCCUCAGAGAACAGACAAUGACAUCAAGAACCACUGGAACACUCAUCUGAAGAAGAAGUUGAGCAACUUGCACAACUAUGGUGACCAUCAGGCCAUCGUUGCUAAAGGACAGUGGGAGAAGACGCUGCAGAAAGAUGUCCACCUGGCUAAAAGAGCUUUUUCCGAAGCUUUAUCACUUGGCUUGAAGCCAUCCAGCUCAGUCCAAUGCUCUUGCACCAAACCACCAUUCUCACCAUCCUAUUCCUAUGCAUUAAGCACUGAGAACAUAUCUCGGUUGCUUCAAGGCUGGAUGAAGAAUGACUCAUCAAAGUCUGUGCCUAUCAAUCAAUAUGAGAAGAAGUCUGCAGACUCUCUACCUCAACUGCCACUACAGUCACCUGAAACAUGGUUGCUAGAUGAAAUUGCUGGGGAGGUCAUGAAUGAUAUACUCCGAAAUAAUUAAGUUGUUCUCAAGGUAGGUGAUUGUGAUAAAUAUGAUUGAAACCAUUAUUGAUUCCUCAAAGUUUAGAUAUGGACAGUAU